CUCCCAAGCAUGACAGUCUCCUGCCAUCUAUUAGUGACUCCCUGGUGUGUGAUAUACUAUCUUCCAGGCCCUUGACAUUCAUUGGUCAAGACACCAUUCACCAGAGAGCUGGUGGUGUUUUCCCCCACACUUUGGAUGAACAAACUAGAAGUCAGAAACAAUGACUUGACUGAACUCACUCACACUGAGGUCUGACAUAGGUCUGCCCUACUCCCAAGCCUACACCUUGACUAUCAACAGGGAGCAAGUUCUACCAAUUCAACCUACUUCAGCUGAAAAUAACAAAACAUUACUCGCCAAGACAAAAAGAAAUCAGACGGGUGGUUUGAGCAUGUGGAUAUAGUCCAGGAGGUGACAGAUUAAACGCACACUCUUGUCAGACAGUUUUUUGAGCCUUUCCGCAUCUUCCUUUAGGGUGACGACAUCUGAGAAACAAAGCAAUGGAGAACCAGAGCCCAUGACCCAUCCUUCUCCACCCAGCCCAGCCCAGGGAUCACUCCCAACCCCUACCUCGGGAACUGAUAGCACAGGGGAGACUUAGGAGCACGGAAACCUUUCUCCAAGACAUGAAGCUUUGGGGCCGAAUACUUUGGACCUUCCUAUCUGGUCCCAGGGGCAGGAGGGGAGUCCCCCAGGGCUGGGCCUGCAACUCACGGAAGCCUUACUCAUGUCUGGCUGGGCUGUUGAAUGCCACAGAGAUGGUCAGCCACUGGACGAAGGUCUUUGAGGAAAGAGGUAUCCCAGAGCCCCGGGAAUCCAGUGAGUACAUCGUGGCUCAUGUCCUUGGAGCCAAAACAUUUCAGAGCCUGAGACCAGAACUUUGGACCAAGCCACUGACCCCUCAACAACUGGAGUGCAUCCAGGAGCUAUGUAGCCAUCGGUUACAGAGGAUGCCGGUGCAGUAUAUCCUUGGGGAGUGGGACUUCCAGGGCCUGAGUCUGAAGAUGGUACCCCCAGUGUUCAUUCCUCGGCCAGAGACAGAAGAACUGGUUGGCUGGGUUUUAGAGGAAGUGGCCCAGAGGCCCCCUGCAGUGGGAGCCCAAGGUGGUCCCCUCAUUCUGGAGGUGGGCUGUGGAUCAGGAGCCAUUGCCCUCAGCCUGCUAAGCCAGCUCCCCAAGAGUCAAGUCGUUGCUGUGGAUAAGGCAGAAGCUGCUGUUAGCCUCACCCGUGAGAAUGCUCAGAGGCUUCAGGUGCAGGACAGGAUUCGGAUCAUCCCUCUUGACGUCACAUCAGAGGGGUGCUGGACACAGCUUCUACCCUGGGGCCCCGUGGACUUGGUGGUCAGCAACCCUCCCUACAUCUUCCACAAGGACAUGGAACAACUGGCUCCAGAGAUCUGCAGUUAUGAAGACCUGGUGGCCCUGGAUGGUGGUGAGGAAGGCAUGGACAUCAUUACCCACAUCUUGACCUUGGCACCCCGGCUCUUGAAUGCCUCUGGAAGUAUCUUCUUAGAAGUGGACCCAAGGCACCCGGAGCUUGUCGGCAGCUGGCUUCGGAGCCGGCCUGACCUGCACCUUAGUCUUGCGGCUGUACGUAAAGACUUCUGUGGCAGGCCCCGGUUCCUGCAUAUCCAGAAGUCUGCAUCAUAGUGUGGCUUAUCUAUAAAG